AGCCGAGCCACCGGUACCUCGGAGCUUCCCCGCCGCGCCCUGCCGAGCCGUGGCCGGUCGCUGCUCCCCUUUUUCCCGGUCACUGCCGCUCCCGUUUUCCCGGUUUCCCGCAGCACCGGCAGCCUCCGACCGGUCUCGCCCUCCCACCCACCCCCCCCGCACCGGAGCGGGGGGAAACCGGGUGAUUUCCAUAGGGAAUUCGCGCCGUUUCCUUCGGGAUCGGGCCGGUUUUUCCCGGCAUAGGGUCGCUUUCGUCCUCCCCGCAGCGCCAAGGUCCCGCCGAUGCCGAGGAGGUGAGGCCUGAGCUGUAGCUCACACCGGCGCUGCUCCCCGUGGGACCUUCAUCUCCUUCCCUCACCUCAUCCCACCCCUCCACCCCUGGGGGCCCCCCAGAGCCGCCCCCAUGCCCAAGAACAGCAAGGUGACGCAGCGGGAGCACAGCAGCGAGCAUGUCACCGAGUCGGUGGCUGACCUGCUGGCCCACCAGGAGCCCGUGGACUACAAACGCAGCGUCCUCAACGUGACAGGAGGGGAGGGCUGGGACAAGCAGAAGGAAGGGGAGGAGGACCUGGAUGCGGAGAGGCCGGCCUGGAACAGCAAGCUCCAGUACAUCCUCGCCCAGAUCGGCUACUCCGUGGGGCUGGGCAACGUCUGGCGCUUCCCCUACCUGUGCCAGAAGAAUGGAGGAGGUGCCUACUUGGUCCCAUACCUGGUCCUGCUCAUCAUCAUCGGGCUCCCCCUGUUCUUCCUGGAGCUGGCAGUGGGGCAGCGGAUCCGCCGGGGCAGCAUCGGCGUCUGGAAUUACAUCUGCCCCCGCCUGGGGGGCAUCGGCUACGCCAGCUGCCUGGUGUGCUUUUUUGUCGGUCUCUAUUACAACGUCAUCAUCGGCUGGAGCAUCUUCUACUUCUUCAAGUCCUUCCAGUACCCCCUCCCCUGGAGCGAGUGUCCCCUCGUGAAGAACGGCUCGGUGGCCGUUGUGGAGGCAGAAUGCGAGAGGAGCUCGGCCACCACCUACUUCUGGUACCGGGAGACCCUGGACAUCUCCAACUCCAUCUCGGAGAGCGGGGGGCUCAACUGGAAGAUGACCCUGUGCCUGCUGGUGGCCUGGAGCCUUGUUGGCUUGGCCAUGAUCAAAGGCAUCCAGUCCUCGGGGAAGGUGAUGUACUUCAGCUCCCUCUUCCCAUACCUGGUCCUGGUUUGCUUCCUGGUGCGGGGGCUCCUCCUGCGUGGGGCAGUGGAUGGGAUCAUGCACAUGUUCACACCCAAGCUGGACAAGAUGCUGGACCCCCAGGUGUGGCGGGAGGCGGCCACGCAGGUUUUCUUCGCCCUGGGCCUGGGCUUUGGGGGGGUCAUCGCCUUCUCCAGCUACAACAAGCAGGACAACAACUGCCACUUCGACGCCACGCUCGUGUCCUUCAUCAACUUCUUCACGUCCGUGCUGGCCACCCUGGUGGUGUUUGCUGUGCUGGGCUUCAAGGCCAACAUCAUGAACGAGAAAUGCGUGGUGGAGAACGCCGAGAAGAUCCUGGGCUACCUGAACACCAACGUGCUGAGCCACGACCUCAUCCCCCCCCACGUGAACUUCUCCCACCUGACUGCCAAGGACUACAACGAGAUGUACAGGGUGAUCAUGACGGUGAAGGAGGGGCACUUCAAGGAGCUGGGCUUGGACGCCUGCCUGCUGGAGGACGAGCUCGACAAGUCAGUGCAAGGGACUGGCCUGGCCUUCAUCGCCUUCACCGAGGCCAUGACCCACUUCCCGGCCUCGCCCUUCUGGUCCGUCAUGUUCUUCCUGAUGCUGAUCAACCUGGGCCUGGGCAGCAUGAUCGGGACCAUGUCGGGCAUCACCACCCCCAUCAUCGACACCUUCAAGGUGCGCAAGGAGGUGUUCACAGUGGGUUGCUGCAUCUUCGCCUUCCUGGUGGGGCUGAUCUUCGUGCAGCGCUCUGGGAACUACUUUGUCACCAUGUUUGACGAUUACUCGGCCACGCUGCCCCUCACCGUGGUGGUGAUCCUGGAGAACAUCGCUGUGGCCUGGAUUUAUGGCACCAAAAAGUUCAUGCAGGAGCUGACGGAAAUGCUGGGAUUCCGGCCCUACCAGUUCUACUACUACACCUGGAAGUACGUGUCGCCCAUCUGCAUGGCCGUGCUGAUGACAGCCAGCAUCAUCCAGCUGGGAGUCAGCCCGCCGGGAUACAGCGCCUGGAUCAGGGAGGAGGCUGCUGAGAAGUUCCUGUUCUACCCAACCUGGGCCAUGGCCAUCCUCAUCUCCCUGAUCAUCCUGGCGUCCCUCCCCCUGCCCCUGGUCUUCAUCCUCCGGCAGUUCCACCUCGUGUCCGAUGGCUCCAACGCCCUCUCCGUCACCUACAAGAAGGGCCGGAUGAUGAAGGACAUCUCCAACCUGGAGGACAACGACGAGACCCGUUUCAUCCUGAGCAAAGUGCCCAGCGAGACGCCGUCCCCCAUGCCCACCCACCGCUCCUACCUGGGGCCCGGCAGCAAUUCCCCCCUGGAAAUGAGCAGCGCUCCCAACGGACGAUACGGGAGCGGUUACCUCCUGGCCAGCACCCCCGAGUCCGAACUGUGA